AGCACGUACGAUCAUCGGGACAUGUACGCGACGUAUUCGACGCCGACGUCGUGGGGCCAGGCGCCCGUGCCGCCGCACCACUACGGAGCCGCCGUCAAGCAGCAACCGUUGAGUCCGGCGGGAAGCACGGGGUCGCUGCAGAGUCUGUCGCCGCCGCACGUCGUCGGCGAGCAGACGCCGUACACACAGCUCGGUCACCACGUACAGAACGGCGACAUGUCGAUGCCGCCCGCAAUGUCAGGAAUACGAGUACAGCCGCAAAACUUCCAACAUCCGGGAAUGUACGACAGGAAGCCACAAUACUUCUCCGGCGGAAGUACCAUGAAUCUUCAGCCAGGCGGCACCAACAACCCUGGAUCCUGGCCUGUCAACCACUAUACUGCGCCCUACGAAACAAAAUGCGGUGCCAUCUAGUCUAGAUGGCAAUAAGGAAACUCGCCUAAACAAAUUUCAUCUCAUUUUAGAUGAGCUAGACAGAGAUGAAAUUCGUUUUGCGAAUUGCCUUAUGAGGUUAUGCAUCGCUGGUGUUAGUGGCAUUGUUGUUUGCACACGGUAUACAGGAGUUAAACGUUUUUGUUAUAACAAAGUUGCCAAAAAAAUUUGCCAAAGUUUUGUAUAUGGCAGGAUGUAUAUUACGUAUGUAUAUAGCAGUAAAAUACUUAAGUUUUAUAGAGGCAUGUAAUACUGAUCGUCCUAUACAUAACUAACACAUCAGUGAGUUAGCACCCAAAUAUUGGCCAGCAUCAACAUUUGUUUGUUUAUUAUUAGUACGUAUUAGGUGUGAGAAUUUCAGAUGUGGAAUGUGAUGCAUUUCUAGAUUUUCAUAUAUAUAUAUUCAUGAUCGGCCUCCUAGAGAAUGGAAUAAGGAGUUGCUACCCGAGUAAGUAGAGGAGAUCCGGUGAAUUCAAUAGCAGACGAGAACGUAUAGCUUAAACAUGGCCGUAUUGUGCGUAUGGGCAAAUUUGAAACAGCUCUCUUUAUGAUUGUUUGUUGUUUUAUAGCUGUAUGUUAAAUAAUGCGUAUUACUCCGUCAAUGGAUACAUGACAUGGGAAACAUAUAACAACGAAGCAUUAUGCAUUGUGUGUAUAAAGACACAAAAUAGGUAACGCGUAUUCACUAAUUCUCCCAGUAAUUUAAGCGUCGAUUAUUCCGAUUCGCUUUAUAGUGUAUUCUAGUAGUAAUUAUGCGUGUACAUGCACAGUCCUACACACAAACCCGUGAAACUAUUAGACGCAAGUUAACGUACGUAGAAAAAUGCUGCUUUUUUCACAGAGACACGGCGCGACAAUCACCGACUCGGGGCGAAAAAUUACCGAAUGUUGUCUUUAGCGUUACACGGACUCGCGUCGACCUCGCGCUUGCUGUGCCCGUCCCUCGCCCGACCCUGUCUCGCUAUCAAUGCUCCCAUUCACCAUCGAAUGGCAUCGGCUGGCUUUUACAUUACCUCCAUAUGUUGGAGUUAGGGCUGGCGUGGGCCGACCGACACGGCCGUGGCGGGAGCACGCACCAGCAGGCGAGCGCUGCCGCGUAGUCGCCUUGUAUAUUUGCAGACGAAACUAGCUUCUGUUUGCAUUCCAAACAGACAAUAUUAUAUUUAAAUUAUAUAAAUCACAACAUCUGUAUUGUCGUAAGGAGUAGCUUGAGAGGAGCGACGCCGUGCUGAUCGGGUUAAUUUCGUAAUAACCAACUUUACCGCGCGCGCGUGUAGGAUAUGUACAGCGUUCGUUCGCGCCUCGCACGGGGAGAUCGUAGCUCUAGAACUCUAGCCAUUCGCUCUGCCACAGUUCUAUAGGGCUAUAGUUCUAGAGCUAUGUAUACUAGGGAGA